AAUAAUUUUUUGGAACGAUUUAACAGUAUCCAGUAAUUAGUGCGACCAAAAUUAUCUGUUUUUGUUUCUAAGGACAACAAACAUGGCUGACACCGAGACACAAGAUGAGGCUGAUGUUGUAGAAACUGAAACUGAAGAAGAGACACGUGUGGAAGAGCAGUCUGAUGAAGGUGGAAAUGAAGAAACUGAAAAAGCUGAAGAAAAGGAAUUUGAUGUAGAUCAAGAGAAAGCACCAGAAGAUGUUGCAGAAGAAGAAGAAGCUACUGCUGAAAAAGUAAACGAGGAACCCCCUGAAGAUGAACCCGCGGAAGAAGGAAAAGAGGAAGUUGUCAAUGAGGAAGAUAAUGAGGUACCAGCAGAGGGAGGAGAAGACGAGGCAGUGAGAGAAGAGGAUACAGACCAAGGUGGGGUAACUAGGGCUGAUUCUUCACUGCAGCCUGUUGAUCCUGUUGAUCCUAGUGUUGAGAAUGUUGAUACAGUUCAGCCAGAGAUGGCAGGAUAUGAGACAGCUGGAGACAAUGAAACAGACAGACAUGAAACAGAGAACCUUGGUUUGACAACACAAGCUGAAGAGGGACAAUCAGGGGAAAUAAUGCCACCUUCAGAAGAAGAAAUUGGAAAAGAACCUGAAGCUGAGGGGGAGCAGACACAGGAGGAAGUUGUAGAAGUAGAAGCAGAAGCAGAAGCAGACGCAGACGCAGCAGCAGAGGCAGAGGAAAGUGGUGCUGAUGCUGGAUAUGAGGAGCCCAAUGAACCGAGUUUGGAAACCAUUGGGGAAAACCUGUCCAGGGGUGUUUCCCCCACCCUCCCAUCAAUUCCACCUGACACGGAGGAGCUGAAGGCAACAACACCAGACCUCGAAGGCACACAUGUAACAGAACCUACAGAGGAAGAGGAGAAAGCCCCAGAGGAAAGGGAGCUAAGCCCUGAGCUGGUAGGAUUUCCAGAGCUGAAAAGGGAGGAGCUUAUAGAGAAAUACUAUGAAACUCUGACAGAGAGAGAAAUGCUGGUCCAACAGAACACAGUGCUACAGGGCAAGCUUGGGGAAUAUUUCAGGAAGAAGAAACCAGAUGAGAGGCAGGACACAGAUAAGAAUGUGGCGGACCAGGAGCAGAGGUACCUCAAGUACAUGGCACAGUUAGAAGAUUUGCGUCGCCAAUAUGCAAUAGAAAAAUUGAACUUCCAAAGUCAGAUUGAAGAUUUGAAAGAAAAAUGCCAAGAGAAGAAAGAACGGGUUGACACGGAGAGAAGAAAAUUUAUGGAGUUCAAACAGCACGUUGCUCUACAUGCUAUAUUUGGUAGGAGUGGGAAGCCUAUCCCAGCUAAGGACAUUGAGCAGUACAUUGCCAAUGAGGCCAAGAAAGAGCAGGAAGUGGUCAAUGUCAGAUUAGAAAAUAUCAAGAUAAAGAACAAACUGAAGAAGAAAGAACAACAACUCAAGUCGAAGGAAGAACUGGCUGAUGGUCUACACCUGAUUGACUUUGAACAGUUGAAGAUUGAGAACCAGACCUACAAUGAGAAAAUAGAGGAAAGAAACGAGGAGCUGUUGAAGUUACGUAAGAAGAUCACUAGCACCGUGCAGGUGCUGACUCACCUGAAGGAGAAGCUUCAGUUCGUGCAAGGGUCAAACGCUGCCCAGAACAACGAGCUACAGGAGGUGGAGGCCAGUCUUGCCAGGAGCCGCGAUAUUCUCUCCCGUACCAAGCAGGCACGCGACGCGCUAAGAAUAGACAACCAGAAGCUGCGUCAGAACAGCGGCCUGCUGGGUAACGAGCCUUUACUGCGGGACUUCGAGUGUCAGAAGGACGAGGCAUCAGAGCUCAACAGCAAGCUGGAGAGUCUGCAGAUGAAACACGCCGACCUGACCCUGUCCUGUAACCAAGUCCGACGGAAGAUAGACCAGGCCCGACAAGUUGUUUUGUGAAUACAAUGACGUCAUUUAGGGAAGUUAGCGCCCCGUAGGAAACAAGAGCAAAGAGCGGGCUUUAAAAAAAAAAGGUUUUAGAUGUUGGAAUUUUAGGAUGAGGAAAAAAAAUAUGAAUGAAGAAUUUUUUUUUUUGUGUUAUUAAUGUUUUGAAGGUUUUUACAACAUGCACGCAUACAAAUAAAGGAAACUAUAAUUACA